AUGCAGAAGAAUCUGACCCUCAAAAAGACUGUCGACGACGUCUGGCCGUUGACUGGAAAACGCGUACUCAUUCGCGUCGAUUUUAAUGCUCCCAUGAAAAACGGCUGUAUUUCUAAUGACUACCGCAUCCGUGCGGCUAUUCCAACAAUCCGCCGCGUCAUCGACCAGGGCGGUAUCUGUAUCCUAAUGAGCCACCUUGGCCGCCCCAAAGGCGUGACGUACACUUCCGCCGAGAAAGACAUUAAGAAGCGUUACCACGGUGUGCAGUUCCACGACAGCAAGGGCAAGACAGCCUUCUUUGGUGUCCUCCCUGGUGAAGAAAAGGCAAAAAUUUUGGCACAGUCGAGCGCAAAGGAAGAGGCCGCUGUGCUUUCACUGAGCGAGGGAUCCGGUAAAACAGCAGUCUUCUCCCGUUUACCAGACGACGAAAAGAAGACACUACUUAUGCGCUAUCUCAAUGAGAAUAAGGAGCAUAUCUUCCCGCAGUUAAGCGUUAGUGCUGGCUACGAGGAGGAACUCAGCCUGCGCCCCGUCGCCGUCCGCCUUGCGGAACUCCUCGGUCAGCACGUCUACUUUGCACACGACUGCAUGGAUGCAAAGGCUGAAAUUGGCCGCCUCAAGAAGGGUGAGGUCAUGCUGCUGGAGAACGUGCGCUUCUACGCGGAGGAGGGCAGCAAUAAUAUGGAGGAGCGUGAGGCAAUGGCGCGCGUGCUGGCGUCGUACGGCGACGUGUACAUCAGCGAUGCGUUCGGCACUGCGCACCGCGACAGCGCGACGAUGACGGGCAU